AUGACCCAACCGAUCAAGCCGAUCCGGAUUGCGCUGAGGACCUGUGGGGACGCGGUCGCCCCUGUAGUCAUCAGGCAGGACAUUCCGCUCGGCAGCGAACUCAAUGAUCAAGAGGAAGAUGAUCAGAACGAGACCGGUCGAGCUACAGGCGAACAAACGGAGACUCACUGUGAGAAUCAACUGCGAAUGUCGACUAGUGCACAGACGAUUCAGUAUCCUGGUCGCACUGGUCAAACAAUCAGCACCGGCGCCCUCGGACUAGCUUCACCUUCCCACAACGCACCGGAGAGACAUCCUUUCCAAUCUACGCCCUACACCCACCCUGCCACGGUCAAUCCCCAGCAUCUACAUCAUCACUCGCAAUCGGCUUACCUCCCUGCGGAAGUCCGUAUGCCUCCUGCCCAACCCAUUCAACCUGCUAGCGUCACGCCAAGUAAUCCUUCCCGCCCGCCGACUCAAAACCAAGCACAGACCCAAGGCCAAAGUCAACGGCAAUCGUAUCAACAUAUUCAGCGUCUGGAUGCGACCGCUAGCCAACAUGAAACAGAGCUUACCAGGAUACGAAAUACUCUCGCCGAUGUGGUCGCCGAUGUCGGCGUGCUGACCGGUCAUUUGGAAAAGCAGGCGGAGCAGCUGGAGGAAGCGCGAAGGGAGAAGGAGGCAUUGGUUGCCCAGAUGCAGGAGAUGGAUAAUGAGCAGACUGCGCGGAUUGCCGAUCUGGAGGAGAUGGUAGCGGAUCUGGAAGACGAGGUAUACGGUGAAGGUGACGGAGGCAGCGGAGGCGGGAACAGAGGAACGGCGACCUCGCAAGAGAAGAGAGCAUUAGCUGUAUACUUGAAGCGUGUGCUCGAACAGCUCCACGGCGAACGACCUCCAUUGGCUUACCCGGAUAAAGAUGAAAGCUGGCCGCAAUUGACAACCGCUGAUGGCGCUCCCGCCGGUCCUGCUAUGCGAUGGGACUAUAGCAAGGCAUUCCGAGAAGAGCCAAACAUCAGUCAGACUCGUCUCUUGCUGAAAUUCGUCAAGGAGAAGCCCGACGCCGUCGAUAUGCCGAAUGAUACGCCGAUGUCGAUGGUCCUCCCGUACUCGACCCAUGUCAAUGUCUACAGCAAGGCGCUUUCCGAUAUCUUCAAGCAGUAUCGCGCAGCAACCAAGACGCAAGCGUUGAAAAAGUGGAAGGAUAGGAAACCGGAAGUGUUGCGGGAGAUCGAGAGUCUCCUUGCUGAAGACCAAGGGGACGAGCCGCUACCGUUGGAGCAGCGUCGGGCUCAAGCGGCGGAGUUGCAGAAGAUGGUGGACAAGAUGGAUGGUCAGGCUGCUGCCGUUGACGGGGAUAAGAAGGGCAAUGUCAGGUCGAAAUGCCAGAGCAUGGUCCAGCGGGUGAAGAAGAUCAGACCUACGUCUCCAUAUUCUGCCGUGAAGUUCGAGUUCCUGGAAGAUGUCUAUUGUAUGCCACCUCCGACCCUGGUCAAGCAGCCGAACGGGCAGUUCAAGGCAUAUGCGACGGAUAUGUCAGCGGUGUACUCGGAUCAGUUUAUCGAGAUGUUCCAGCUCAUUUGGGAGUCUGAGGACCCCACCGGCACGUCCUCGCACUCACCGAUCAUCAACGACCCCCCAAUCGGAUAUGAACCGCAGCCCCCCUCGCCGUACUGGGCAACCCAAUUCGGCCAACUCCAUCUCAAUCCUCAGCGCUGGAUGUUCAACGAUACGUUUCUCGCAUCUCAUGCCCCGACAUCCCCCAUCUGGAAUCGCAUCGUCGACGUCAAUGAACCUACUUCGCCAGAGGACGUCAAGCUUACGCAAUGGUACUUGAUGCAUCCACAAACGCUUGGUCGCACUCCCAAAGGCGCGGCGAAGUCCAAGACCAGCGUUCCUAAGGACACGACGAAGUCCAGGAACAGCAAGAAGCGUGUUCGAUCGGUUUCGAUUGCUGCCUCCGAGAUGGGACCUACCAGCACACCGUCGCCCGGUUCGUAUGGCAACCUGCCUCCCAGCAGUGACGGGUCCCAGCCGAUGUACAAGCGCAUCAAAUCCGCAAUGAAGCCGAAGGGUCGUCCGGCCAUCCUGGAUGAAGGCGACGAGAACGAUGAAAGCGCAAUUGACAUCGACCCGGAUUUGGAUGAUCCUGCGCCACUCACUCCGGUUGGCAGACCGUUGCCUCUUCCCCCCAUGCGAGCCAACUCGCGAGAUAUGCUGAGAUUGAGCGGACCAGCCAGCUCGAAGACAACGCCUCGUACUCCGGUCCGACCUUCCCCUCGCCAACAUCAAGCCGCCAAUACCAUGACCAAUAUUUUCCCCAGCCAUCACUCUACCCAACAACAGAUCGCCGGUCCAAGCAAACAAAGAUUCAAUCAGCCCGCGACCGAAACGAGGACUCACAUGCUGUCAGGGCAUGAUAGCUAUCACAAUUCUUCCGAUUACGAUAUCGAGACCGAUCCUCAAUCCGAAGGAUACGCCAGGUCCGGUUCCCGCACAGGAUAUCUCUACACCACGGGUCGAAGUUGA